AUGCCAACUCUCAAGCAAUUGACCUGCCACAUCGAAUGGGCAAACUGCAGUAUACCAUUCAAAGAAUAUGGUGUCACGUAUGGGGAUGGCUCUGUUGAUUGCUUCAUCCCCGUUCAACCAGCUUCAACACCCUUUUCAAUCCGCCUAACUUCGAGUGGAUAUAUCGCGCCUGGCCUGGCCAUGUUCGUGUAUAUGGAUGGUGUUUACCAGUGUAACCGCAACAGGAACAAUCUAAUCUCGAGAGGAAACUCGGGCAAGGGUAAGAAGAGGGUUAAAGAUGUCAACUUCUGCGUUCGUCAGAAAGAAGAGCGUCUCGCGAAUGGGACUUGGAUCGGAAGACCAUGGAGAUUUGAGCCGCUUCAAAUAGUACAACUCAUGCCAGGCAUGCCAGAAAUCAACAAGUCUCAUUUCGAUAAUUUAGGCGAGAUUUCCGUUGUUGUCCUUCGGUGCGAAUCACGACGUGAGCAGUGUUCAUCAGAGGGCUCACUCAGCCCAGAAUCAGCAAUGGCCUUUGGGCCUGAUCUCGAUGAUCUUCAAAGCAUAUCGAGUGAUGAAUAUUUCCUCGGCCCAAGUGACACAACCAAAGGAAACGAUACAAAUUGUGGAAUAAUCGGUGGACUCUUCGACGGAGCAGACGAUCGUAGGCGUCAUAGCCACGACAGAGACUGCUGUGAGGGCUGCGCUCGCCAGGAACGCGAUGAGCGUCGUCGGCGUCAUGAGCGCCGCCGACACUCUGGACAACCGGAUAAUAUCACGAGGAGACGCCACAUAGGCCAUAGCCAGCCAGAUCCGCCAUGCAGAGUUCACUGGGAGGACAAACCUCGGCGAGUUGACGAAUCCGACUUGGAACAUGAAUGGCAUACAUAUGAUGAUGAGUCCACUGCUAGUUCAGAUCACAUCCGCCAGGGAUACCGAUAUUAUCGUUCCAGUGGGCCAACUUAUCCGAUCCCGAAAUCCAAAGUCGAAGACUCUGAUAGCCCCCGUUACUAUAGUCGGCGCCGGUACCCAAAGCAAAGACGUUCUCUACCGGAAAGACCGAAGCAGGAACAACGCUCAGAAAACCAGCCUAAUGGAACAACCGACAAAGCUGCCCCAGAAGAGCCAAAUGUAUCUCACGCUGUGAUGAAGGAAGAAGAGCAUAGUGGCAACCGUGGAUGCGCCCCCUCUAUCGUCCUCAACGUCAACUCUGCUCUGCCAGCACCAGCGACGAAACCAGAUAUCUUCCAACGUUGCCCUCGGGAGAAUUCCGCUGAUAUAUCUGCUAACAUAAACAAGGACGGAAACCAGGACAAUAACAAGCCGGCCUCUGAUAGCAGCCGAGAUAAUACAAAUGGGGACGCGGGAAAUAACGCAGAACCCGAUCCUGGUGGGCCUGCUACGCAAGAUAAUGCAAAUUGGGACAAUGGAAAUAAAGCACAGUCCGACACUGGUUGGCCUGCUGCGGCAGAUAAUCAAAAUCAUAAUACAACCGACACCGUUUGGGAUCAAAAGCAAGGUGACAACGGAUGGAACAAUGACUCAAAUGGCCAGAAAAACAAUAACUUUAACUCGAGCCAAACUGGCUGGGAAGCUAAAGGGCAAGGAGGACAGGGAAACCAGGAGUGGAAUAAUGGAGGGUCUGGCGCGCAAGACAGGAGCUCAGGCAAUGGUGAACCUCCGGCAGUUCACUGGCAAAGCAAUGGCUCAAAUAAUAACAAUACUAACUGGGAGAACAACAUUACCCAGCAAAAUGGCCCUUUAACAAGCCCAAACAACGGAUUUAACAAUCCCCAGCCAUGUCCAUCUGGCCCACCACCCCCAAUAAUACCGGUUCAGGCUCAAGGGCCAAUGUGGGAACCACCUCCGCCAGUUCAGAGGGUGCAUACCCUCAUAACGCCGUUUUGUCAAGGACAAGAAGCUAGUGAGCCCCCAUUAUAUACGGUCCCCGACCAGGUAGCUCAAGAGCGAUCUCUAUCGCAUCAGGUUCAGGUUGGGAAAUCUUCGACAUAUUCCCACAAGGUUCAAGUCCCACUGUAUCUUGAUACGAUGGAAGAGCCGUACGCAAAAUUUGUGUUUAAGUAUCGGAUAAAAGAUGUUAUUGCAUCUGCAAUUGGAAAGCCCAUCGAACGAGAUGUGGAAGCCGAAAGGAGACUUUUAGAAUCCCUUCCUCGGGAGGAAAUUCUCAAUCAACUACUUCAUGCUCAUGGGCUGCUCGCGGCCCAAGCACUCGGCCAGCCACAGAAUAUCCCAUUUCAGGGGCAACAGCAAAUUCCUCCCAUCCAGCAGCAGCAACAGCAUAAUCAGCAGAACACGGUAACUCAGCAGCAAAACCCUGCCCAGCCAAAUACAAACAGCAACGUCAGCCACACAAACCAAGGCCCACCACCCAACCCUGCAAGCUGGAACAACGCCCCAGCUUAUGACGAACCUAUAAUCGUCCCAUCAAAGCUUACAGGCUACAAUAAUAUCGGCGGCAACCCAUCACAGGUUUCGUCGCAAAACAAAACUUGGGCUGAAGAGGUCGCUAGCCGGUUGCAAAAUCAUCAACAACAGCAACAAAGUGCUUCUAAUAAUGGCAACAACAACAACGAUACCCCUGCUUGGAAUAACAAGACUGAGCAGGCUGGUGGCGGUACUCAGAAAUCCCCGAACUGGUAA